AUCUUGGAUGUUGCACCACACGAGGUAACGAAAUUAACAACGUAAGAUAAUUCUCCAAAGGAAAUCGAAGGAUUUACACACUUCCUACUAGAUUUGGUUACAAAAUUUAGUGAUGGGAGGGAAGAAGAAAGAAAAUAGAACGAAAGGAAAUACAAGGCCAUCCAGUAGUGCCAGAGCAGCAGAAUAUCUCCAACAAACUGGAGCAACAGCAUCAGGGUUCAUCGGCUUCUCUUCUUUAUCUGGUGAUUUAGGCUACGUACCAUCUGCCCAAGGCAACGAUGAAAUCGAUAACAGCGUUGAUUCUGAUUUUCGUAUGACUUUGAGAAAACUACACAAAAAAGACUUUACUACAAAAGUAAAAGCGUUGCAAGAGUUUUGUAGCCUUUGUGAAAAUAAAGAGACAGACGAUAUCAAAACUGUGUUGCAUUUUUGGCCUAGAAUUUAUUCUAGAAUUGGCACGGACUGGGAUAGAAGAGUUAGGGAGGGAGGACAUAAUGCUCAACAUUAUUUUGCAAUGAAAUUGAAAAAAGAGCUUGCCCCUGUCAUAAAACAAAUUUUACCAACAUGGCUUAUGGGUAUUUGUGAUCCAGAUGUCUCAGUUUCAAAUGCAGCUAGGAAUGGAUUAAACAAUGUAUUUCAAGAAAAAAAGCGAAAGGAAGCCAUAAUCUUUUGCGCCGAGAGCACACUUGAAACCUUAAAUGAUUAUUUACUUGUUCAAACUGCUCAAACUCUCAGCGAUGCAAAAACAACAUCUACAGUUGAUUCAGAGGCUAAAUAUGAGAGGACUAUUGCUGUUAGUCUCUUAGCUACUAAGCUAGUGCUCUCUGAGUUGAAUGACAUGCCGAAUGAGAAAAUAGACAAAAAGCUAUCCGAACUUUUAGAAUCUAACAAAUUUUGGAAAAUGGCAAAGAGUGGUUCAUGUCUGAUAAAAUCUGCAUUUUACAAAUUGAUUGCUGCUUUAUGUCAACAUAGAAAGUCCUUGGCAAAUUCGUUCUCCGUUAAAAUAACGCAAAGCGUUUUACAUAACAUAGAAGAGGGUGAUCCUACGGUUGUUGGCUCUAUAUGGGAUGCAGUCUUGCAUACAAUUAGCUAUAUAGAGGAAUGGUUUAAGCAUGUAAAUCUACGAAAAAGCACUUUACCUAAAUUAUGGUCUAUUCUUCGAAAUGCUGCAAAUGGAUGUUCUGUCAUUGUUAUGCCUAAUAUACUACCCUUUGUAAGCAAAUUACCGAAGGAAAUAUGUGAUAUUGGUUUUUAUAGAGAGCUAUUUACUAAUUUAUUGGCAGGUCUGAAACAGGAUAAAAUCACAUCAAGCAUAAGCGAAAUAUCAGCUAUUGUUCAAUGUAUGGCUGAAGUAUGUAGAUAUUCUUUUACACUUUAUAAAAAGAAUGAAGAUAUGAACGACGAGAUCAUUAAUUAUGUUAUUUACGACGUUAUCAAAUCCUUCUUUAAAGACGCGCUAAAUGAUGACAACGUUCAUGUGCAAUCUGCUUUUAUAAAGCAUGUAUCGUACUUAUGGAAAAUUGGUAAAGAAGACGAUCAAACGGACAGAAAAUUGGUUUCUGACGGUUUAUGGAGUAUUUUAAGAGAACAUUUUAAAUUUAUAAUUGAAAACUCAUCUUCUAAAAAAUGUUUAAAAUUCGGCGCUGAGUUCUUAAGUCAUAUUGGAGGAAACGAAAGUUAUAAAUUUGAAAAAUCAGUAAACUUUUCGCAAAAUGAGAAAAUGGAAAAAAUUAGCAAGAAAUAUGAAUUCAAUACUGAAAUUAAUGCGAAUCUAAAAGAAAUUGUUGUAUACAUUCUUACCCGUAAAGAUAUUCGUCAGGAGAAUGAUUUAAAUUAUAUUGAAUUCUACUGCCAAAUAGCCAGUAAUUUCUUAUACUAUGAUAUAUUAAAAGAUGUUUACAAUGGGCAAGACCCAGCCGAUUUAAACAUCAGACUUUAUGAAGACAGUAUUAUGCAUUUAUUAAAAAAGCAUGGAAAUCAAAAUGUCAUAAGUCUUUUUUUUAUAAAUUUACAACGCGUAGAAAAUGAUCGAAAAUUGAAAUUGAUUGAGAGUGCUUUUGAACUCCUAAAAAGUGGUUCAACUUUGUCACUUUUCCUAUCUACAGUUAUAAUAGAGCUAGAUCAUAAUGCUGUUAAAUUCUUUGAUGGAGAUGUUUUUACAUCAUUCUUUAGCAAUAUUUUCAAUGAAUUGUUAACUGAAUACAACGAACAGCUAUGGAAUAUUUUGUGCAUAUGCUUGGGAGAAAAUGACAUGAAGGGGAUCGUAUUAUCAGAAAAAUUGGUAGAGAAAUUAUUGGAUGACAUCAAUUUACAUAUCCCUGACAAUAUUUCUUUAAAAGAAAUUGACGUUGAUGUAAGAAAAGCUAUAAAAUGUUCUUGUGAAGUCUCUUUAUUACUGUUCCAAAAGUUACCUAACGUUGCUAAAAAUGAAAAAGCAGAGAAAUUUGUUUAUAAACUCUUUGAUUUAUCGUUUCGGUCAUAUUUAUCAGAAAAAAUGUCAAAACUAAUAGACGAAAGCUGGUGCGCGGGCGCCAAUUGCAUUGCUUUGACAAAAUCUAUAAAUGACUCCUUUUUCUUUCAAAAUGCACGGAAGAAAAUUUCGUUUUCUCUUCAUAAUGACUGUGAUACAAUGAAAAAGCUGAAUAUAUACGUUGAAAAAUUCGGAACAAUAUUGCGCGUUAUAGCAGCCAGUGACAGUCUCACAACGCGCGCAUUGUUCUUCGAUUACUACGAUGAAACGAAGUUAAAUUUUGAGGCUGAACUUUCACAUAAGUGGACAGAACGAGCUGUUAUUGAUUCAAAUUCCUUAAUAAUUCAAGAUCGUUCUAGCCUCUCAAAAAUCCCGUUAACCUUUGUUCCAAAAUGUAUGGCUCCUCUAGUUUUUUGGUCCUGCGUUGAGAUAUUAACAAAAGAAAUUUGUGAUACCUUUAAUUUGUCUUCUUCGAAUAGACAGAAUAUCUUCCAGGAACGAAUUGUUGAUUGUAUAGCAGCAAUCACUUUUGGUGAACAACUAAAAGUCACUAACUUUAUGAAUAAAGAUGAUUUCUCUGACUGCUGCCUGCUUCUUGAGAAAAAUAUAUUUACGCUAAUUGAAUCAAUAAAUGAAAAGGACGAUAAGGAAUUUUUUGAGGAUCUUAUAAAUUCUUGUUUAGAUAGAGGAAAAAUCUAUUUGUACGGAAUACAAUAUUUACUGAAGAUUAUUUCGAAGGGCAAUAAAUUAAAAAUUUCAAAAAUGUCCUUAAGGAAAAUUAUGACUACAAAGGAAACUUCAAAAAUUACUGGAUUAGAGUUGAAUAAAGUAUGGAUAAAGUACUUAAUUGAAGAACCGGAGGAGCGAUUGCAUGUUUUUGAAGAGCUCGAGAGAAUCUUUAAUACUAUAAAAGAUCCCAAAUUGAUUCUCAGUCAUGAUUCAGCUGGAUAUCUUGAUAAAUUGCAACUUUUUAACUAUACGUGUCAACACGUUGUCGCUCACCAACCUGAUAAUACAACGUUAAAAGACAAAGUAAUUUCUUGUUGCAAAGUGUUAGCUGACAAAAUAACUAUAUGGAAAGAAAAUUGUCCCAAUUUUUACCUUUUCAACGAGAAUAAUAAUGUAAAAGAAUGUCCAUGGAAUGAAGUUCAAUGGAACAUAGAGUUAAUAAAAUUUUUUAAAAUAUGCGUGUCCGUCAAUGCGAUCGAACACCCAUUUUGGGACGUUUUACUUUGCGCUCUUUCUGCUUAUGUGCCUGUUAUAGAAAAAGAGAGUUUAUUAGUAGAUUUAUCAACGGCAGCAUUAGCUAUUGAAGCUUUCAGUCUAUGUAGUGAAAUUGGAAAAUUCUUCAACUCAUCCUCCAGCUCAACUGAAUUAAAAGAUGAAUGGAUUAAUUUCUUCAGCGCUGACAUUUAUCGUCAUCUCUUUGAAGUUUUUAUGUAUAUUUCACAAGUCUUAGAAGGCAAUUCAACUUAUGCUUAUCAGGAAGUCCUCUUGUCACUUACUGGGGCUAUUAAUUUUCUACCUCCUACUCAUUUUCUCGAGCACGAAUUACCACCCCUACUGGAUACUACCAGUUAUUUACCAGAUAAAGUUGUUACUUUAUUUAAUCACGUAUUCCCUUUGCUGGAAAGAAAAAAUGUUCUUACACAAAAUUGUGCUGCCUUAAUACUUGAAAGGGUUACAAAGCUAAUACCCAAGACUGUGAGCGAUGAAAAUGACUAUAAUGAUUAUGAUAAACACUCUCCGCCAGACAUAAUGCUAACAACUUUAAUGAAUUUAACGUUAAAAAUAGCAAAAUUCAAUACAGCCUUUGGGGAAAGAAUAAGCAUUAAGGAACUAACCGACGAAAUUUAUGAUUGGACUGGGUUUAUCUAUUGUUGGAAUGUUUUAUUAACAUUUUGUGAGGCUACCCAUUAUGCAUAUUUGAAAGAGAAUAAUUUGAUUCAGGAAGCUAUACAUGUUUUAUUCUCAAUAAUGCCUGACCCAAAACUUCCUGGUACUCAUUCAAAAAUCCUUGACUUAUUUAACAGAAUUUCAAAAUCGUCAUGGCUUGAUAAAACGCCUAAAGCGACAAGUGAAUACGUUGAAUGGAUUGCCUCCAGCCUUUAUUUACGUCUGUUAGAGCGUCUUCCAGCCCUUGUUCGAAAAUGGUAUAAUUUGCAGGAUAAAGUCAUCUGUAACUGCUUCAAAGAGUUUACAUCUUCUUUUGCCUCGAAAAUCUUAAUUUCCAAGGAAAUUAAACAAUUAAAGGCUGAAUCUAUAUCUAACGAUGAAUUUACGAUUUUAUUAAGAGAAACUUCAGGAGAAGUCGUUGCUUCCUAUAUACAUAACGAAGUUACUUUAGAAGUGGAAGUUACCUUUCCGGCUGACACUCCAUUAACACCUGUAGUUGUAAAAGCAAGUAGAAAGAUUGGCGCAGAUGAGAAUAAAUGGCGAAAAUGGAUAUUACAGAUGACUACGUUUCUUUCACUUCAAAACGGAACGCUUCUUGAGAGUCUAUUAAUUUGGAAAAAUAAUGUUAAAAAAUUAUUCGAUGAUGUAGAAGAAUGUACGAUAUGCUUUAGUGUACUUCAUCCGACAAAUUAUCAACUACCAAAAUUGCAAUGUUCUACAUGUCGCAAAAAAUUCCAUCCAGGGUGUUUGUAUAAAUGGUUCAACACAAGUAAUAAAUCUACAUGUCCAUUGUGCAGAGGCUACUUUUAG